ACAUGACCAUAACCUAAAUCAGCCAAUCAAAACCCAAUGCUACUGGGCUAGCCGACCACAACCACAAUUUUGAGAAAUGGCUGACGAUAAAGAAGUUGAGAAAACUAUUGCGGAAGACUUGGUUGUAACCAAGUACAAACUAGCUGGACAAAUUGUUAAUCGUGUCCUGGAACAGCUAAUCACGAAAUGUGUGCCUGACGCUUCCGCCAGAGAGAUAUGCGAAUAUGGUGACAAGCUCAUUCUAGACGAGACUUCAAAGGUUUUCAAAAAAGAAAAGGAUUCCAAGAAGGGUAUAGCGUUCUCAACAUGCGUCUCGGUGAACAAUUGUAUAUGUCACUUCUCGCCGAUACCUAGCGAAAACGAUUAUAUCCUCAAGGAGGGAGACCUAGCCAAGAUAGAUCUUGGCGCACACAUAGAUGGGUUCAUUGCGGUGGUCGCCCACACUGUUGUUGUCGGUGGAGGUGAGGCAUCAGGAAGAGCUGCUGAUGUCCUCCUUGCUGCCCAUUAUGCUAGUGAAGCCGCCCUGAGGAUGUUGCGGCCUGGUAAUGAGAACUAUGCAAUAACCGAAGUAGUGCAAAAAAUCACUGCGGAGUUUGGCUGCAAGCCUGUUGAGGGCAUGCUGUCACACCAGCUGAAGCAGUUCCGCAUUGAUGGAGAGAAGAGCAUCAUUCAGAACCCUUCAGAGGCACAGCGUAAGGAACAUGAGAAGGCAACUUUGGAGACUUAUGAAGUUUAUGCAAUGGAUGUAUUAGUAUCUACUGGUGAAGGAGUUGGCCGAGAAAUGGAUACCAGGUGUACAAUAUACAAGAAAACUGACGAGGUUUAUCAACUGAAACUGAAAGCUUCAAGAAUGUUCUACAGUGAGGUACGCAAUAAGCACGGUUCAAUGCCCUUCAACCUGCGAAGCUUCGAUAAGGAGACCAGUGCGAGAUUAGGCGUCGUUGAGUGUGUAAACCACAAACUCAUUGAGCCGUUCCAGGUGCUGUAUGAACGUUCAGGAGAGCUGGUGGCGCAAUUCAAGUUCACAGUUCUGUUGUUGCCGAGCGGUACGCACCGUAUCACCGGCUUGCCCUUCGACAAAAGUACGUGCAAGAGUGAACGCAGUAUCAAGGACCCUGAACUUAACGCACUUCUCAACUCGUCUGCAAAAUCCAACAAGAAGAAGAAAAAGAAAACUGGUGCUGAAGAGCCCAUGGAAGUCGAAACUGUUGCCUAGCAACGGGACAAAUUGCCCAGGACAUAAACUAAAUGAAAUCUACAGCUUCCUUCAACAUACCUGUAAUAAUAAUAUAUAUCACACAAGCCUUAAUCAAAUAAAGCCUUUUUAUCCAAAAUGUUAAGUGAUAUUAUCCUGUUUUAAAUUAGUAAAUCUUUGAACAAUUUAGGCUUGUGUUAAAUCAGAUAUUAGAGACCACUUUGAACCUUAUUAUGUACAAGAUACUUUUUUUAUGUGGGAUUUGCAAUAGGUAGGAAUGCAAAUGUGUGCUUUCAUACUUUAUUAGAUAACCACUUUAUUUUGCUUUCAAUAUGUAUUUCCUCACAGACUUCCAGACAUAAUUUGAAACAUUUGAAUAUUGUAUAUAAGGUGACUUUUCCCACUGACUGAGGUGAUUUUGCACUAUAAAAAAGCUAAUUCAAUUGGACUAUGACCAUGUAAGACCAUUCCUUAAAAAAUGUUUUUAAGUCUAUGUAAAGUGCACAAAAUUUUUAAUUCCUUUAUUUUAAUAUAAUAUUGAUACAUUAUUGUAUCAGUCACUACCGACAGCGCGAUGUAACAUUUGUGUAAUAUUGUUGGAGAUUAUAAUUGUUACAAAACCGAUAUUACAAAGCCACUCCCCAUCUAAAGUUUUACACAUUUCGUUAUGUUCAUGUUUGUCAGCUACAUAAGUUUAUUAACACUACCAAGCUUUACUGUUCUUCAUGUUAAAUAGAUUUGUGUUAAGAAAGAGAUUAGUUAAAUGAUGGUUUUAUAUUAAAAAAUUAAGAUAGACAUUCAUGUUUAGUGAAUGUUGUGUCUGUGUUGUGUCAACUGCAAUAUUUGUUGAAGCUUGGAAAUGUUUUUCAUGUUUAUGGAGCAGACCCUAUUAUUAGGUAAAGUUGUAAAAUAUGUGACACUGCAAGAAAGGAAUAAAUCAAACUGUGCCACAGUUGUGGGCUGUUUUUGUAAA